AUGCAGAACUCGCCGACGUCAACAUCGUCGGGUGAAGACCCCGCCGAUAACACGGCCGACGAGGAAGAUUCUGAGGAUUACUGCAAAGGCGGCUACCACCCCGUCCAGAUUGGCGAAAAGUUCAAGGACGGCAAAUACACAGUCGUGCGCAAGCUUGGAUGGGGUCACUUCUCGACCGUCUGGCUCUCUAGAGACAAUACGUCGGGCAAGCACGUCGCCUUGAAGGUCGUCCGCUCCGCCGCGCACUACACCGAGACCGCCAUUGACGAAAUCAAACUGCUCAACAAGAUCGUCCAGGCCAAGCCUGACCACCCUGGCCGCAAGCACGUCGUCAGCCUGCUCGACUCCUUCGAACACAAGGGCCCUAAUGGCACGCAUGUCUGUAUGGUCUUUGAGGUUUUGGGCGAGAACUUGCUGGGCCUGAUUAAGAAAUGGAACCACCGAGGCAUCCCCAUGCCCUUGGUCAAGCAAAUCACUAAGCAGGUGCUGCUCGGCCUCGACUACCUACACCGUGAAUGCGGUAUCAUCCACACCGAUUUAAAGCCCGAAAACGUCCUUAUUGAGAUUGGCGACGUUGAACAGAUUGUCAAGAAGGUGGUCAAGAGCGAGCCUGGCGACAAGGAAAACAACAGAAACGGUCGCAGAAGGAGACGCACCCUCAUCACCGGCAGCCAGCCGUUGCCGUCUCCCUUGAAUGCUAGUUUCAACCACAACAACCUUUUUCCAACUACCAAUUCGAGCCUCAGCCAAGUGCUGCACGAAGGCGGAAAAUCAUCAAGUGACGCCUCCCCCAAGCGCGAUGCUGAUCAGAAGACGCGCGAAAAGACAGCCGAUCUACUCACGAAAGAAGUUUCGGGCAUCUCCCUCGACAAGACGAACAACUCGCCUUCCUCUGGGGAAAAGCGUAAAGCGGAGGACGCGCAUGCAUUUGACGUUAUCAGCGUCAAGAUUGCCGACUUGGGCAACGCCUGCUGGGUCAACCACCACUUUACCAAUGAUAUCCAGACCCGGCAGUAUCGCUCACCCGAGGUUAUAUUGGGUGCGAAAUGGGGCGCAAGUACUGACGUGUGGAGCAUGGCCGCAAUGGUGUUUGAACUGAUUACGGGCGACUACCUGUUUGAUCCACAAUCCGGAACCAAGUACGGCAAGGACGACGACCAUAUUGCGCAGAUUAUUGAACUCCUCGGACCCUUCCCCAAAUCGCUUUGCCUGUCAGGCAAGUGGUCUCAAGAAAUUUUCAACCGCAAAGGCGAGCUGCGUAACAUUCACCGUCUGCGUCACUGGGCUUUGCCAGAUGUACUCCGCGAAAAGUAUCACUUCAAGGAGGAUGAGGCAAAACGCAUCGCUGAUUUCUUGACCCCCAUGCUUGAACUCGUGCCCGACAAGCGUGCCAAUGCAGGAGGCAUGGCGGGACACGUGUGGCUAGACGACACACUCGGCAUGAAGGGUGUUCGAAUCAACGGGCUUGAAGUCGGCAGCCGGGGCGAGGGCAUCGAUGGCUGGGCUACAGAGGUGCGGAAACGGUAG